UCAUGCUGCAAGUUGCAGCUUCAGUCGAGGAAGAAAUUCAGGUGAAUUAAGGUUACACGAGUAAAGCCCUGGCGAAAUUAACCGAAGUGUUUGACGCCUGAAAGCGAGAUACGACUGGUAGGAGAACGAAGAGGCCCUCCAAGAUGGCUAGUGUGAUUUGUAGAGGGGCGAGGACGGUGACCUACUCCCCAGGUAUCCAUGUUCUGGUGCGACGCGUGGUGGGGGCCAGGGCCUUCUCUGGAGCUGCUGGGUCCUCCGGGUCUGAUGAGCCCCACUACCGGGUCGUAACACCACCCGAACUAGGCCCCAGAACGGUGUGGCCAGACGAGAGCAUGGGUCCUUUUGGGCCCCAGGACCAACGCUUCCAGCUGCCUGGCAACGUGGGUUUCGACAACCACCUGAAAGGCACCGCGGAGCAGCAGCGGCACACGCAGACACUCCUCAAGGGCAUCCCCGACGUCCUCACCGCCCCCUCCAGCACCGACCGCCACCAGCUCAUACUCGCACAGAUGCUCACUGAGUAUGCGACACUAGAGUCCAGUACAGAGCCAGUGGGCAAAGUGGAACAGUACUUUGAGCACUCCAAUGUAGAGUGCGCCAUACAGUCUUGCCCAGAGCUGCUGAAGAAAGAUUUCCAGUCCAUGUUUCCUGAGGCCCCCUCGAAUGGCAUGAUGGUGGUGACGGUGACUCAGCGGACAGAGAACGACAUGACCAGCUGGAGCCAAGAGGUGAACCUGGAGCGGGAACAGCUGCUGGACAAGUUCAUCGCGGGGGCCAAGGAGAUUUGUUACGCACUGCAGAAGGAAGGCUUCUGGGCAGACUUCAUAGACCCUUCAUCGGGGCUUGCUUUCUUUGGUACUUACACCAACAACACGCUGUUUGAGACGGAUGAGCGGUAUCGGCACCUUGGGUUCCAGAUCGAAGACCUGGGCUGCUGCAAGGUCAUCAAGCACGCCCUGUGGGGUACUCAGGCCUUUGUGGGGACGGUUUUUACCAACGCACCGGCCAACAGCGCCGUUAUGAGGAAGCUGCAGGGCAGCCAGGAGUGAAGACCAAUGACUGCACCUCUAUGUACAAUUCAGUUCAACGGAUUUGAAAAAUAUUUAAUGGUUGAUUCAUGCAAUAGAAGAUCUGAUGUUCUGGUUAAAGUUGUCCAUCAGAAAUGCCCAUUUGAUAUCAGGGACAUGAUGUGGAGAUGGCAUUUCAGAAGGGCAAUUCUAGUCUGAAAAUCUGGCAUUCAGUUGCGAAAUCGACAGUUGAAUUUUUUUUAAAUCCAUUUAACGUUCUAGAAUGGAACCUUGAUGUCCAUUCUAAUAUGCAGUCAUUGGUGAAGACAUUAAGCCACUACUUUCCCAACACUCAACUCAAUACAACACAGAGUGACGUGGGCCUUCAGAGACUUAAUUGCCUUUAUGCAAUACUGAACAUGCCUUCAAAUCUGAUGGAAAUCAGGUGCUUUGAAUCUGAUGAUGUGUAUGAUAUAUUGAAAGCAUUGUACAAGAAUACAAUAUAUUUAUUUUUUAAUAGUAGGUAAUAUAUGAGAUGUAUGAUGCGUGAUUUAAGUCUGUGUCGGAUGGGGGCGAAGGUGAACUCAUGAUAUUCCAGUGUUGUCCGACCUGAUUCACUCGUGAUCUGCUUUUUUGUGUGUCUUUCUUUACAUUGACCUCACUUGCCCUAGCUCUGGCUCUGCUGGGACUGGUCCACAAAAGCUUUAGGCUUUAAAAAGUAAAACUUUCAGUCACAUUGGCUUUUGCCUUUUUUUAGUUUCCUUUGAGAUCUCAGGCGUGAGUGCUUUCACGUGUGCCUGUGAAAAGCUCUUGUAAGUUCAGUGAGUUCCGUAGUUGAAAUAUCACUGAUGUUGGACACUUAAUGCUGUUGAGGGGUAGUGUUAGUUGACUUUUUUUGUUAAAAUGUUAUGGCAGCUUCUGCUCGUGACCCAGGUGUUAUGUAAUAAACAACACUAUUUUGACUGUU